UCUAUUUUCAUACACUCCUCCUACCUACGUACAACUCGAGGUUCGAAAGACCGUGUCAUCAUUAUGGACGAGAUUGCGCCAGAAUACGACGUCGUAGUCCUUGGGACUGGUCUCACGGAAUGUGUUCUCUCAGGCGUUCUUAGCGUAAAAGGCAAGAAGGUCCUGCAUAUUGACAGGAACGACCAUUACGGAGGCGAGGCCGCGUCAGUCAACAUCGAAGCACUUUACAAGAAAUACGGAAACUACAACAAGGGCGAAGAACCAUGGAAGAAAUAUGGGCGUGCGAACGAUUGGAAUAUAGAUCUUGUUCCUAAACUCCUUAUGGCGAAUGGAGAGCUCACCAAUAUUCUUGUUUCGACCGAUGUGACAAGAUACCUCGAAUUCAAGCAAAUUGCCGGAAGCUACGUUCAACAGGGCAACGGAGCCAAAGCUACUGUGGCCAAGGUCCCCUCCGAUGCGGGUGAAGCAUUGAGGUCUUCACUCAUGGGCAUUUUCGAGAAGAGACGUGCCAGAAACUUCUUGGAGUGGGUCGGUGCAUACAAAGAGGACGACCCUGCUACACACAAAGGAAUGAACUUGAACGACAUCACCAUGAAGGACGUCUACGAUAAGUUCGGAUUGGAACCAAACACUCGAGACUUCGUUGGCCACUCGAUGGCACUGUUCACAACGGAUGAUUACCUGAACCAGAAGGGUAUGGCACAGGAUGCUGUUCAACGUAUUCGCCUAUACGUUAACUCGAUGGCUCGAUACGGAAAAUCGCCGUACAUCUAUCCUCUAUACGGCCUCGGUGAACUUCCGCAAGGAUUUGCUCGCCUUUCUGCCAUUUACGGCGGAACCUACAUGCUCAAUACGGACGUUGACGAGUUCCUGUAUGAUGGCGGCAAAGUGUCGGGCAUCAAAGCUACUAUGAAAGAGCGGGACCAACCUGGGGAGGGCAUGAAGUUUGAAACCAAGUGCAAGAAGAUCAUAGCAGACCCUUCAUACUUCUCCGAUAAGGUUCAGGUAACUGGACACCUCAUUAAGGCCAUCUGCAUACUUGAUCACCCAGUCCCGAAUACUGACAACAGUGAUUCAUUCCAACUGAUCAUCCCCCAGUCCCAGGUUGGUCGCAAACACGACAUCUAUGUUGCGUGUGUCUCGUCUGCACACAGCGUCUGUCCUAAGGGUUACUACAUUGCUAUUGUCUCGACGAUUGCGGAAGGAGACAGCAACCACCACCUUGAACUACAGGCUGGCUUUGACAGGCUUGGCAAGAUAGAGGAGAAAUUCAUGGGACCAUCCAUCCCACUUUAUGCCCCUAAGGAGGAUGGCACGUCCGACAAUAUAUUCAUCUCAAAGAGCUAUGAUGCUACGAGUCAUUUUGAGACCACAACAGAUGACAUCCGAGACAUCUACAACCGAGCUGAGGGUGAGGAAUUGAAGGUCGAGGGACUGAGAGAAGGACAGAACCUGGCCGCGGAAUGAUUUGUUGCAUUGUGAUUGCUAUGUUGAUAUUGUGAACUCGGGCACUGCACGAGAGAAGUAGAUUGCGCAUCGAAUUUUUCAUCGUGACUUGGUCGGACUUCUGGGCCGCAUACCUAUCCGUGUGCCACGACAGGAAAACAAAUGAAACCUAUAAAUGCAGUGUCUUCCGUAACGACUUUGAUGUGGCUUAUGCAGAUUAUCUGCACGACCUUGAUGAUUUGUGAGAUACUAAUAGAUCUGACCGAUAG